AUGCGUGCUUGUCAUUCUGUCAGACAGCAGCAGCCAGCAAACAUGGCUGGUGUUGGUUUCCGACGGUGGGCCAAAGCCCUUUGCAAAGGGAAAGGGUCUGGCAUUUCAGCCGUCCUGUCGGGAUGUAGAACUGCUUCCGUUAUGUCAAAAGAUAGUCUACCUGGUCCGUACCCGAAGACCCCGGAGGAGAGAGCUGCUGCUGCGAAGAAGUACAAUUUGAGGGUUGAGGACUAUGAACCAUACCCUGACAAAGGAGAGGGGUUUGGUGACUAUCCAAAGCUACCAGAUAGAUCUCAGCAUGAGAGAGACCCCUGGUACCAGUGGGACCAUCCUGACCUGAGGAGGAAUUGGGGAGAGCCGAUGCACUGGAAUUUUGACAUGUACAUCAGGAACCGUGUGGAUACAUCUCCCAGCCCUGUGUCCUGGUCCACAAUGUGCAAACAGCUGUUUGGUUUCAUCGGGUUCAUGCUCUUUAUGUUCUACGUUGGAGAGAAAUUCCCGUCCUACCAACCUGUUGCAGCGAAGCAGUAUCCCUACAAUGACCUGUACUUGGAGAAAGGAGGAGAUCCUGACCAACAACCCGAGGAAGUCAAACAUUAUGAAAUCUAAUGAUUAAAAUCUGCUUCUACUUGUGUAUAUAUUUCUGUCAAGAAUAAAGACGUAUGUUAACAGUG